AUGUCAGCUCCACUCCGAGUCCCGUCCUCAUCUAAUUUUGCUUCUUCCGAACCUCCCAUGACCUUGACUAUCCUCGGUUGCGGUACACUUGGAAUCGCGAUCCUGAGCGGCAUUCUCUCCUCGAUCUCGCACCAUCCUUCCACUGCCCCCUCGCCUGCGUACCCAGACUCAGGCACCGCAACACCCACCACCGAGAGCUCCCCCACCCCUCCACGUACGCCGUCGCGCUUUAUCGGAUGCGUGCGUCGACCAGAAUCCGCCAAGCGUAUCCGCAAUGCUGUGUCGGCCUUCUCUGCUUCCGAACACGUUACCAUCCUGCAAAAUGACAACGUCAAAGGCGUUGAGCAAGCCGACGUUGUGAUUCUGGGUUGCAAACCCUACAUGGUAGCAGACAUACUCGCAGAGCCUGGCAUGCACAAAGCUCUGGAAGGCAAGCUCCUUAUUUCAAUCCUUGCCGGUGUGACUGGCAAGCAGAUCGAGGACAUCCUGACUAGCGAGCCUCAAUCCAAUCCCACACGUGUCAUUCGUGUCAUGCCCAACACCGCCGCCGUUGUCCGUGAGUCGAUGACUGUCAUUGCCACACCUACGCCUCCCCUCCCUCAGCCACUGUCUCAGCUCGUCGAGUGGAUCUUCACUCGUGUAGGCCGCGUCGUGCACCUACCACCCUCAAACAUGGACAUCUCCACAGCGUUGUGUGGAUCUGGCCCUGCUUUUCUGGCGCUCAUGCUUGAGUCGUUGGCAGAUGGUGCAGUAGCUAUGGGCCUCCCGAGAGCCGAGGCGCAGCUCAUGGCUGCCCAGACGAUGCGUGGCACGGCCGGCAUGGUCUUGAGCGGGGAGCAUCCGGCGCUGAUCCGCGAGAAAGUCAGCACACCAGGUGGAUGUACGAUUGGUGGCUUGCUGGUACUGGAAGAGGGCCGUGUGAGAGGCACGAUUGCACGUGGUGUGCGUGAGGCGACAGUCGUUGCAUCCGAGCUAGGGAAGGGUGGCGUGGGUGUCAACGGUACGAGAUUUGGAGGAAGAUAG